CUCUUAACUUUCACCUUUGCUAUCGUCAACUAUACAAAAAUAUUCUGGAGCAGUCAGGUUUUAGUAGUAACAAUUUGAUAUAUAGUAAAUAGGAGCAAAAGCUUUCCCUCAGUUUGACUUUCGCCAUUAUAAUAAAAGUUUAAUACUUUGUUAUUAUUUUUCUUCAACAUCUAGUGACAAAAUAGUGUUCUCUCUUUGCCGGAAAUCAAUCACCAUCACAGAAAAAUCUGCCAUUACAAUGAAUUGUUGUGUCAUCUGCAAUAAUAAAUCUUGAUGAAUAAUUUAACUAGGAAGUACAGUGCAAUAUUUUUCUUUCUCAGCACUCUCAAGAUGUAAUGACCAAGUGGAAAUCAUGUCGUUGACCAAUUGACACUUUUUCUUGUACUUCAUUAGCUAUAAGUGAAACGCUUAACACUUCUCGUCACAGUACAAUUCAUUGUAAAAUAAAUCCUAAGUGUUAAUUAGUUUUCUUUCACUACAGAUACAAUUUCUAGUGCUAUCGUUGAUUUUUACCAGUCAAAAUCCGUUUAGUUUAUACUAGACUGAGGUGAAAGACUGGAUUCGCGAGAAUGUGAUUGAAAAAAAGAAAUAAGACUCAAAGGAGUGUAAGGAAGGGAGCUCGACCUUUCUCUAGAGAUGUGGCUGGCCGACAUAACGUAUUUCUUACCCUUCCAGCUUGCCUGCAGGUGAGAAGAGAGAGAAUAUCAGAAGCUGAAGACUGACUAGCGUACCGUGAAUUCUCGGUUGAGAGCUCUUUUAUAUUUUCCCAACUGACAGUUGUGAGGUCAAUCCGUAUCAAACAAACACUCGUUAAGUUUCUGGUGUUUUUUUUCGAAGAAUCAAACUGCGAUUAUUUAUGCAGUCUUCUGGAAAAUAUUUGCUGUCGACAAACCUUUUAAAGUAUUGCUCAGCUUCGUAAAUCUGCAAUAGCCAUGGAUGAUAUAAAAAAUGAUCCAGUUGAACAGAAAUUUCGGAUGCUUCUGGAAGAAGGUGCAAAAAUACCAGCUGACGCAGACGAUCCAAUGAUAACAUUACCAGAAUAUUAUGACCCAAUAAAAUUUCGAACUGGUCAAGAUGUCUUCAGGAAUAAUUUUUUUACGAUGAUGGUAGCUAAAUUAUCAGGACUACUUAUUUUAUUAGCAGUACCUUCAGUCCUUGCAAUUUUAAAAUUCACCAAACAAAGUGGUACUCCUUGCACAGCUUUCCGAAGAUACGCAUCAACGAUACUUCACACGUGUAUUUGGUAUAAAAAUCCUGCAGAUGAAACCAGUGAAUUCUUCACAUCCUUGAAGAAUGUUCGAAGAAAGCAUUGUGUGGCCUCCAGACGCAGUUAUGAAGCUGGAAUAAGUCGAAUCUCUCAACUGGACAUGGCACUCACUCAAUUUGGAUUUAUUGGAUUUACUCUUUUAAGUGGAAAGAAAUUGGGAGUUGUUACCACAGAUGAAGAGCUUGAAGGUCUUCUUCAUUUUUGGAGAGUUAUAGGUCGAUUACUAGGAACCGAAGAAAAAUAUAAUCUUUGUAAUGGAAGUCUCAAUGAAUGUAGAGAUCUUUGCAGACGACUAUUAGAAGAUGUUUUGGUGCCUCAUCUUGCCAACAAAAGAAAAGAUUUCGAAGAAAUGAGUACUGUUCUUCUUGAAGGCUUAUGGCCUAUACAUCCAUUUAUAGGUAGAAAAGCUUUUAAACUUUUCACAUAUAAUUUGAUUUCGUCAACUGUGACUAAUAACAAUCAUAGUUUGGAAAUUGAUGAUAAGUCACUGCCUUUUGCAAGUCGAUUGCUAUUACAUUUCCACACUUUUAUUCAUGAUUAUUUAUUAAAUAUUUCUUAUUGGUGGUCAAGUAUUUUUAGAUAUCUUUUAAAUUGCUCUAUGGCUUUAAAUGUUUAUCUUACAGAGCAUUGUCCGUUUUUAGCUUAUUGGCUUUGGGGUAAAAAACAGUCAUUGUAUAAUAUUUACAAAUAUAAUUUUGAUGAGAAAAAGUCAUAAUUUAAAAAUAAAAGUAUUGAAUUAUUCUGAAAUAAUUGUUGAAUUCAGAAUUAGUGUGAUCUGUAGAUAUUUGUGAAAUUUUUUACUUUGUAUAUAAAAGCAACUAAAUUUAUUUUGUGAAAAUUAUAGGUAAGAAAAAAUUUGUAUGUUUAGGCAAUCUUGAGUGUACAUAAUAAUUUUAUUGUUGAAAUGAAUCGUACUUAAUUGAAGUAUAAAUAAUGACAAGCACUAGAAAAAUUGCAAUUAAUUUGAGAAAAUUGACUAAGGGCUCUUAUUUUCUUAAUAUUCCUUUAAAUUUAUUAUUAUCUAUUUUUAUGAUAUUAAAAUUAUUUAUUGUAUUAAAAUUUUACUCCAGAACGAACUGGAAAAUCUAUUUGAUUGUGAUAAAUUUUUUAAUAAAUCUAAAAA